GCUCUGCAGUGCGGGGCGGGCGGCGGCGCGGGGGCGCGCACUGAGCUGCGGCGCUGAGCGGCGGGCGCGCAGCUUGAGCCGCCGUCCCUCCGGCCCCAGCGCCUUGCUUUUCCUUCAUCCUCCUCCUCUUCCUCACCGCACGCUCUGCAGAAUGGGGAAACAGAAUAGCAAGCUGGCCCCUGAAGUGAUGGAAGAUCUGGUGAAAAGCACGGAGUUCAAUGAACACGAGCUAAAACAGUGGUACAAAGGCUUUCUAAAGGACUGUCCAAGUGGUAGACUGAACCUCGAGGAGUUUCAGCAGCUCUACGUAAAAUUCUUUCCGUAUGGAGAUGCUUCAAAGUUUGCCCAGCAUGCCUUCCGAACCUUUGAUAAAAAUGGAGAUGGGACCAUCGACUUCAGAGAGUUCAUUUGUGCACUGUCCAUCACCUCAAGAGGCAGCUUUGAGCAAAAACUAAACUGGGCCUUCAACAUGUAUGACCUGGAUGGUGAUGGUAAAAUUACAAGAGUGGAAAUGCUGGAAAUUAUAGAGGCCAUCUACAAAAUGGUGGGCACUGUGAUAAUGAUGAAAAUGAAUGAGGAUGGUCUGACGCCUGAGCAGCGGGUAGACAAGAUCUUCAGUAAGAUGGAUAAGAACAAAGACGACCAGAUCACACUGGAUGAAUUCAAAGAAGCUGCAAAGAGUGAUCCUUCCAUUGUAUUACUCCUGCAGUGUGACAUUCAAAAAUGAGCUUGUGUACAAUGCAUCAUAGACUGCACAGAAGUUUAAUGUUCCAUUCAGUUUGCAGCUAUUUCCACACACACAAAAAUUUGCUUGGACUACCUAUAAAUGGACUUGCUUCUUGUGUUUGAAACACUUGUGUGCAUGAGAAUGUCAUUUGCUAAAGAAUUUUAAAAGUAUAUAUUAUAAAAAUAAACUGCCACAACGUGA